AAUUUUCUCAAGAAUACAAGGGCCAAAUUAAAAUUUCACCAAACUUUUGUACACCAGAAAAUUCAAUCGCCUACAACUGAAAGCAAAAACGCUUCAAUUUUCAGGCGAUAAUGGCGAUCAGGCUGCCAUGGCAUCCCUUAAACCCUACUAAAACCCUACGUUUUGCUAAUCCAACAGCAAAGGUAAUCCUCCCUAUGCGUCAACUUACUUAUGUACAUGCUUUCAGGCGGAGUGAUUUUGACGGAUUCACUAAGCGAGUUAGAUCCGGUGAAGCAUGGAAAGAUGUGUGGAGGAAUGCAAACGAUGGUUUUGAACAGUUUUUAUAUGAAGCUAAGAAGACUGCGGAACGUAUUGAUAGGAGAUAUGACGUUUCAAGGAAAGUAUCUGAUGUUGCACAGUCGGCUGCUGAUCGUGCUAGAGAAAUUGAUCGUGAUUUUGAGAUUACUCGGAAAUGGCGUACUGUUGCUCUUGAUUUUAGAUCAAAUUGGCCUAGGUACAGGAAGCAGUUAAAUGAUUUUAUGGAUACUCCGCUGGGAAGAAGUGCCGCUACAAUAUUCUUUCUGUGGUUUGCUCUAUCGGGUUGGCUGUUUCGAAUUCUGAUAAUUGCAACAUGGGUUCUACCAUUUGCUGGACCUCUUCUUAUUGGGGUUGUUGCCAACAAUCUAGUCAUCAAGGGUCAGUGCCCAGCUUGUAGGAGGCAAUUUAUCGGAAACAAGAAUUCAACUGUUCGCUGUGCUAACUGUGGAAAUAUUGUGUGGCAGCCGAAAGGAGGUGACUUCUUUUCUAGAGGCAGUCGAGGUACCACUCCUUCAAAAUCCCAACCAGAUAUUAUCGAUGUUGAAUUUGAAGAAAAAUAGGUAUACACCAGAAACCAUGAACGUCAUAUGAAAGAGUAGAAUGCUGUUCCCGUCCCUGUCACAGUAGAUGCCAAUCAUCUGUUCCUCUCUAUGAACACAGAACAAUAGAAUGUUGUAUAAUGCUAUAAUUUCCCCCAACCCACCCACACACACUUUUUCUCCCCUUCAGUGUAUAUUUAUUCCUUUGCUCUUCCCUGUUAGUGAUUACAAGUUUACUGAUUAGUGUUUGAAACUUCAAGUUUUACAUUCGGAAUGGAAACUAAAGUGGCUGCAUUCUACUCA